ACAGCCCUUCGCCCUCGUCUGUUCCUUCAACAUUUCUCUUCCCUUUUGCUGUGUACUGGGAGCUUGUCCCUGAAAGACUGAAAACGCAGCGUUUGAUUCCCUAAUCGCCGUGAUUUUUCCUUCCUCCAAGGAAAUGCAAGAAAGGAAGUUGACUUGAGUGGUAGAAAUAACACGAGGAAAAUGCAGAGGUUAUCUUCAAGAACAGCUGCUUUCUGCUACAAAACCCCUAUUUUUUCAUUUUCCUCCAAACUAAACACUCCCUUCCACCUGAUCUGCAUUGAAACAUAUGUUUCAGGUCCUCACAACCUCGACCCCCAUCUCAAACCCACUCAUUCUCAAAUGGGUUAUUCCCAAAACACAGAUCAAGUCCAUCCAAAUCACAGACUCUCGAAUUUUGGUGAUAAAAACUGCACAAUCAGUGAAAGAAGAGGAGGAUUUGGACUUGUACGCCUGGAAAGCAAUCGAGAAAACUGUACUUAUGAUCAGAAUUAUGAUGAAUUUUCAGCUGAUGUCGAAAAGGUCUAUAGAAUUCUAAGGAAAUUCCACUCUAGGGUUCCAAAACUGGAACUGGCUUUGCAAGAAUCCGGCGUCGCCGUGAGGUCGGGGUUAACCGAACGGGUUUUGAAUCGCUGUGGCGAUGCCGGAAAUUUGGGUUAUAGGUUCUUCGUGUGGGCAUCAAAGCAACCGGGCUAUAGACAUAGUUAUGAAGUGUACAAAGCAAUGAUCAAGAUUUUGGGGAAAAUGAGGCAAUUUGGCGCUGUUUGGGCAUUAAUUGAGGAAAUGAGGCGGGAAAAUCCCCAGUUUGUAUCGCCCUAUGUGUUUGUUGUGUUGAUGAGGAGAUUUGCGUCCGCAAGAAUGGUAAAAAAGGCAAUUGAAGUCUUGGAUGAGAUGCCAAAGUAUGGUUGUGAACCUGACGAGCAUGUUUUUGGGUGUUUGUUGGAUGCAUUAUGCAAGAAUGGGAGUGUUAAGGAAGCUGCUUCAUUGUUUGAGGAUAUGAGAAUUCGUUUUACGCCAACUCUUAAGCAUUUUACUUCAUUGCUGUACGGGUGGUGUAGGGAAGGGAAGCUUAUGGAGGCAAAAUAUGUAUUAGUACAGAUCAGGGAAGCGGGUUUUGAACCAGACAUUGUGGUUUAUAACAAUCUGCUUACUGGGUAUGCUGCAGCUGGGAAAAUGGUGGAUGCUUAUGAUCUUUUGAAAGAGAUGAGGAGGAAGGAAUGUGAGCCAAAUGUGAUGUCAUUUACGACUUUGAUUCAGGCCCUCUGUGCAAAGAAAAAAAUGGAGGAGGCAAUGAGGGUUUUCUUUGAGAUGCAGAGUUGUGGCUGCCCAGCGGAUGCUGUGACAUACACUACCUUGAUAAGUGGAUUUUGCAAGUGGGGAAAGAUUAGUAAGGGUUAUGAGCUUUUGGAUAAUAUGAUACAACAAGGCCAUAUCCCUAAUCCAAUGACUUAUUUGCAUAUCAUGGCAGCCCAUGAGAAAAAGGAAGAGUUGGAAGAGUGCAUAGAACUCAUGGAGGAGAUGAGAAAAAUUGGUUGCACUCCUGAUCUCAAUAUUUACAACAUAGUGAUCCGGUUGGCAUGCAAGCUGGGUGAGAUUAAAGAAGGCGUUCGAGUUUGGAAUGAAAUGGAAGCAACUGGACUGAGUCCGGGCCUUGACACCUUUGUCAUUAUGAUUCAUGGAUUCCUCAGCCAACGUUGUCUGGUUGAAGCUUGUGAAUUCUUCAAAGAAAUGGUUGGGAGAGGUCUUCUGUCUGCUCCUCAAUAUGGCACCUUGAAGGAGCUAUUGAAUUCUUUAUUAAGAGCUGAGAAGCUUGAAAUGAGUAAAGAUGUUUGGAGUUGCAUCAUGACAAAAGGAUGUGAUCUCAAUGUGUAUGCAUGGACAAUCUGGAUUCAUGCACUUUUCUCAAAUGGGCAUGUGAAAGAGGCUUGUUCAUACUGUUUGGACAUGAUGGAUGCAGGGGUAAUGCCACAGCCUGACACUUUUGCCAAGCUCAUGAGGGGUCUGAGGAAACUGUAUAACAGACAAAUUGCUGCUGAGAUCACAGAAAAAGUGAGGAAGAUGGCUGCAGAGAGAGAAAUGACCUUCAAGAUGUAUAAAAGGCGAGGUGAGAGGAACUUGAAAGAAAAAAUUAAGGAGGCAAAGGAUGGGAGGAAGAGGAGGGCUCGCAGACGCCGGUGGGGUGGGGGGCAUGGUAGAGCUAACAUUUUGUAGUUUGAAUGGGAGGGAUUCUGUGAAGUAAAGAAAGUUUCAACUGCAGAUUGCAUGAAGGGGACUGAUGCCCAGCUUAUACUUGGACAUACAAUUUUCAUGGCUGGGAAAACACAGAGUCUUUUAUCCCAUGGAAAUCUUUCAUUCAGAUGUGUUUGGGAUGAACAUCAUGAUACAUACCUUAUUGAGAAGGAAAUCUCUGCUCAUGGAUUUGGACAAAUGAAUGUUUUAGUGGGAGGACAUUUUGGUUAAUGCUCAAGCUUCAUCUAUCUAUUAUGACAAGUACUUUGCACAAAUAUCUCAGGUUCUCCUCCUAGUGUGCACACCUAAAAAUCAAAAGGAAGUGCUUAUGGAAUAUAAACCAUCAAUACACUAAUUAGUAACAACUAACAACUUAAUUUGUGUAUAAAGAAGUUAACUACUUGUAAUUGCCAAGCAAAGAGAAUUUGUGCAAGAAGGAUUAGGUCCUGUGAAGAUACUCUAUUUGCAUGAUUCCUUUUGCAGUUGCUUGUGCCAUCCCAAGGUGAGGUUGCUCUCCCAAUUUGUCAAAUAUUAACACAGUACCUAUGAUCAAUGAUCAAAUUAGUGUUAUUUUUGUAUCAAGUUAUUUAUGAUUAUGUGGUGUUCACCCGAAGCAUCCUUUUUUGCUGUCGAUUAGGUAUACAUAUACCCUUAUGAUUUGUUGUUGUUCCCGGUACCACUUUUCUUGUGCAAAUUAUGGACAUAUUGUUUAGCAGGUUGUUUGUCCAUUUUGCCUUAUCCAGUAAGUUGACUUGUACAUAAACAAAAGACAUCUUCUAUUUUUAAGAUAGCUGACUGUUCAAAAACUGUCAUGGAUGGUUGGUUGUCCAACUUUCAUUGGGAUUUUUGAACAAAAGUGUAUAGGAAAUGUGCAUAGAAGUUACAGCCUUUAUUUUAGUUAUCUCAUCAUUGUUCUCUCUUAUAUGCUUGGAGAAGUACAUCUAUGGUGCCUACAAAUGAAUGGCUUUAAAUGGAUAAAAUAGUUAUCUGACCUAUUCAUUUUUAUGUUUUUCCUUUUGGUUCUGUUGGUUUUCCAUACUUGUUUCUGGAGCAAACACUUAAAAGAAAAAAAUGCUCUAGUGUGGUGAGAGAAUUUGUGUAUGAUUCUCUGCAAACAGGAGAAUAACUCAGAAAGUGCUUCUCUUUUCCAGGGUGCGUUGGGUCUAAUUUUCCCCAUCUUAAAGGCAUAAGAUAGGAAAUCUUCCUGUAACUGUCCCAGCAUAUCAUAGAGUUCCUUAUGUUGAUUGAUUUGCUGAAAAGUCACAAAAAUAAAAAGGAGAAAGGAGCUAUCAAUUUUUCGCUGUCAAGAUGAACUAGUCUCUGUCCACAACCACUUUCCCUUGCCAAAAGUGAAAGGGAGGCUUUAUGACUAUUGCUUAUGUGAAGAGACCAUAUGGAAUUUAUUCUAUUCUUUUGGGUGGUUCAGAUGGAUUCAAGUGUAUCAAUAGCAUUUCUACUUGUUGCUGGAAUGUUUUUCUCUGUGUUUGUUGGAAUAUAAAUCUAGAAUAAGAAAUUUCUCGUUCA